AUGGCUGUCGAGGUGCUUGCGAUUGUCGACCCGACACGAAUGCCGACGCUUCUGCAGAAAUGGCUCGAGGCCAUGGACCGUGAGACCGCUCAUGAGGAAAAGUCGUCUUUCAACCGAGUAGUACAAGCGCAAGAACUCUACUUUCCGUUGGCCCAACUGCUCGCCAACACUGUGCCGCAGCACGUCGACGAGAUUCACGGAAAAAUUGUGCAGCGCUGCCUCGAUGUGUUUGACGCUGCUCACCAUUGCUAUCUCUGCAAGAUCUUGGCCGACUUUCUGAACGACGGCACCCGAUUCUCGCUGCGCUCGCUGCAUGUGCCGGCGCUCUGUGAUGCAGCGCAAGGCUGUAUUGAGGUCAACCGCCACCGCCUCAAGCUGCAUCGCAAAGCUCGUACGUCGUAUUACGAUAUCAUCAAGGUGCCGCUCGAAGGCGGCGCGGGCGAGGGCCAACUGUACGAGCUUGGCGUCACCCAGCGUCAACAUGCCGAGGACCGUACGCGUGUUGCGGUUCUGGACACCAUCGUGGCCGACGACCAGCGACGACCAGCGACCGACGGCGACACGCCGCAUCAACAUUGCGUCAAGCGCCAGCGACGAAGUUUUUCUUACCGGUAGAGACGGCGGCCUUGAAGGCAUCGAUUGGCGAUAGG